UGUCUACUAGGAGGUGCAAUAGUAUGUCUCAUUGCGAAUUCGUGGAAAUUGAUGGUAAAUACUUGGAAGGUGGUGGCCAAAUCUUGCGAAAUGCCUUAAGUUUUAGUUGUAUUCUGGGACGACCCGUACGAAUUAUUAAUAUAAGAGCAAAUCGUCCUAACCCUGGACUGUCCAAUCAACAUCUAUUUGGUCUAAAUUUACUGGCACAAAUUACAAAUGCCAAAGUGACCGGUAAUCAAAUAAAAUCAACAGAAGUGGAAUUUAGUCCUGGUAUUAUUAAAGCCGGUGUAUAUUUCGUGGACACGCGCACGGCUGCCAGUAUAACACUUGUAUUGCAAUGCGCUUUGCCAGUACUACUGUUUGGUGGUGGAAACUCCAAUCUAGAACUUGUAGGAGGCACAAAUGUGGGUAUGGCUCCGCAAGUAGAUUUUAUGACUGAGGUUUUAAGACCGAAUUUAGAAAAAUUUGGUGUAUCCUUCGAUUUUGAUCUCAUUCAGCGUGGUUAUUAUCCCCGUGGCGGAGGACGAUGUAAACUAUUUAUACCCCAUAUUAAAGGUAUUAAAUCCGCUAGUAUUACAAAUUUUGGUGAUUUACAAGAAAUUGUUGGCUGGUGCUUUGUCGCUGGUCGUUUACCCAAUCACAUAGCUGAAGAUAUUAAGAAGUCGGCGGAAAAAGAGUUACAAACCAUAAGAUGCCAUAAAUACCAUUUAGAGUCAUAUAAAGAAUCUGCCGAAAUGGCACGAGAUAACGGUUCAGGGUGUAUCUUAACAGCUAUAACAACUACGGACUGCGUUUUAGGAUCAGACUGUUUGGGUGAAAAGAAAGUUGAUGCCUUUGAAUUAGGCUCUACAGCUGCAAAGCAACUAAAUAAAUUAAUCACAAAUAGAAUUUGUGUGGAUGAGCAUGUGCAAGAUCAAUUGAUCAUAUAUAUGGCUUUGGCGAAAGGAAAUUCUGUUAUAUUGACUGGGCCUCUUACGAACCACACGUUAACCGCUAUAUACGUAGCUGAAAAGAUGAGUGGCGCAUGUUUUCAAACAGAAAAUGUUGAUGAUAAUCAUGUCCGCAUAUCUUGCAAUGGUAUUGGCUACGAAAGAGACGAUUAAUAUAGUAAUAAUUUUUAAGUUUAUUAUAUUUCGUCCUUUCAAUAAAACAAUAGUGUAUAAGCAUAUACACCAUUACUUUUUUAUGGUGUAUCAAUGUGGUCAAAAUUUGGUAAAAUUCUACUUACACAAAGUGAGUCAAAAGAUCAAUUGAAAUAUUACUUUUGUUCUAGAUGUCACUAACACAAAAAUUUUAAACUAAAUUAUUUCGAAAUGGCAAAAAAUUAUAUACUAUUGUUUUAUUAAGGGGACGAUUUAACGGUUCACUCUAAUUAUUUAUAAACAAAUAAUACAAUGAGAAAACUAUAAAAUGAGUUUAUCUAGUUAGCCUCAUGAAAAAUAAAAAGUAACUUGAAUUAAGCACUAACUAUAAUUCUUACCCCCAUAAACACGAAGUCAGGUUGGGUUCUAACUAAUAGUUAUACUGUCGUUUAAAAUUAUUUUUGAAUGAAAAUGGUCAGUAUAACUAUUAGUUAACAUAUACAUAUCCAGACUUCGUGUUAAUGGGGUUAAUGUUGA